AGGAAGUAUGUGCGGUUUGUUUAUACACUCCGUCCUCAAGGCCACUGCGGAUUUAGAAACUUCGUGAACAGGCUGUGAUGGGAAAAGAUUAUUAUAAGAUCCUUGGGUUAAGCAAGGGAGCACCUGACGAUGAGAUAAAGAAAGCGUAUCGCAAACUUGCCCUAAAAUAUCAUCCAGAUAAAAACAAGUCUCCAAACGCUGAAGAAAAAUUUAAGGAGAUAGCAGAGGCUUAUGAUGUCUUAUCGGAUCCUAAAAAGAAAGAAAUAUAUGACAAACUUGGUGAGGAAGGCUUGAAAGCAGGACCAACGUCAAGUGAAGGUGGACAAGGUUUCACUUACUCCUAUCAUGGUGAUCCACGAGAAACAUUCAGAAUGUUCUUUGGCACAGAUGAUCCUUUUUCAGGGAUUUUCAUGUCUUCUGGUGGAAGACAUACUGCUGGUGAACCUAUGAACAUAGAUGACUUAUUUGGUGGCUCUCCGUUCGGACACUUGUUUGAAGGUGGAAAUAUACAUGCAAACGUUGGUCGAAGGCCUCAACAGGAUCUCCCUGUAUAUCACGAUUUGUCUGUUUCUCUCCAAGAUGUAUUGCAUGGAACAACCAAGAAAAUUCGCAUUACAAGAGCUCGUUUGAAUCCUGAUCGACAGACAACUCGUCAAGAGGAUAAGACAGUCGAAAUUGAAGUCAAGAAAGGUUGGAAAGCUGGUACCAAGAUUACAUUUCCUCGUGAGGGUGAUGAAAGUGUUAGGGGCAACAUCCCUGCAGACGUAGUUUUUGUCGUUAAGGAUCGGACUCAUAAACAUUUCAAACGUGAAGGCAAUGAUGUACGUUAUAUCGCCAAAAUUAGUUUAAAACAAGCACUUUGUGGUGGUACAAUUCAAAUACCGACAAUUGAUGAAGGUCAUUUUAAUAUGACAUUGAAUGGAAUUACAAAGCCCGGAACAAUCCGCCGUGUUGCGGGCCAAGGUCUUCCGUUUUCGAAAGAGCCCAGCCGUUUAGGUGACAUGAUAGUGGAGUUCCAAGUCAUCUUCCCAGAUAGUCUGUCAACCACGCAAAAAGCUCAGUUGUCCUCACUGCUACCGUAAUAAUCAUGCAAAUUAACCAAGUGAAUUAUGUUAAACAACAAUCUUGAUUUUUCCGAGGAUUUACUUUCUUGAUAUUAAAAAUGUACAUAUCGGGGUUUUCUAAAUGACGCACUGCCGUUCGUAUGUUUCUGCCAUUAGCUUUCAAAAUCUAAUAAAGGAAAUAAUAUAAUAUUUUAUCAUAAUGGUUAGAUGAUUUUUAGUGUGAAUUCUUUUCAGUAUUGUGAUAAUAUUGAUAUCAUUUUGCUAGAUGGUGUAGGUGAAAAAUUGUGACGAU